CGAACUUUACAAUGCAAACCCGCCGAAACGCGUCCUAAUUACACAUAUAUAUCACACACACAUGCACACAAUCCUCGUACAAACUAACUACUGAGCCAACCAAGCAGACACCAAUAUAUUGUGUCUCAAUUUUCACUAAAACCUACUUCUUUUUUUCUUGCAUUUUUUUUUUUUGUAAGUAAAUUCGUUCAAUUAUUAUUUUUUACCAUGAACAAAAGCAUUAGUGAAUAUGAGCGUAUGUUCAAUUAUUUUGAUGAAAAUGGUGAUGGAAAAUUGUCACCUUUGGAGCUGCAACGUCGCGUCGGGGUGAUAGACGAAGGGUUGCAGGUGGAGGAGUUGCAGCUGGUGGUUGAAUCUCUGGACUCGGACGGAGAUGGGUUGCUGGGGUUGGAUGAGUUUGUUGGUUUGAUGGAGAGCAGUACUGAGGAUGAAGAAGAGAAAGUGAAGGACUUGAGGGAGGCUUUUGGAAUGUAUGAAAUGGACGAUUGUGAUUGCAUCACACCUAAGAGCCUAAAGAGGAUGCUUAGUAGAUUGGGUGAGUCAAGGACGGUUGAUGAAUGUGUCACCAUGAUUAAUCAUUUUGAUCUUAAUGGUGAUGGUGUGCUUAGCUUUGAUGAGUUCAAGGUUAUGAUGCUAACAUGAGUUUUGUAUGUAUUUGUGUGUGUGUGUUAAUUUGUUAGAAUCGAUGUGUGCGGCUUUCUUAGCUGGUUUAUAGAUCGAUGAAUGUAAUGUGGUUGUAUUUGAAAUACAACACAUAUUGGUUUGUAAUCCAUGUAAGUCUCUGAAAUUCAAUAAUACUA